UCCUCUUUUCAGUUCGCUGCAGCUAGUGACCAGAACGAGCUGCAAAAAUCUCUUCAUUAAAAGACUCAAUCAUGGACAGUCUUACUGACAGUUGUGGCUGCUUCGUGUGAUGUAUUGUUGUUUCUACCUUCUUGCCUUUGUGCGGUUGUCUGUGCCCAAUAAUGUUUGUACAAUGUUUUGUGCUGCUACCAUGUUGCGUUACUGCCAUGUUGUUGUCAUGUGGUGUUGCUACCAUGCUAUGUUGUCAUGUGUUGCUGCCAUGCUAUGUUGUUGUCUUAGGUCUCUCUUUAUGUAGUGUUGUGGUGUCUCCUUGUGAUGUGUGUUUUGUCCUAUAAUUUUAUUUGUAAUACCCGUCCCCACAGGAGGCCUUUUGGCUUUUGGCGUCAUUGUAAAUAAGAAUUUGUUCCAGCUUCCUGCUGGCAUUUGUAGUCUUGCUGAGGUUUUCUCUGUUGCAAAUUAGCAUUUAGGAUUUUUAAGAGUAAAUUGAGGCGUAUAUAUAUUGGUAAAUCUUACCUUGUCUGAGAGAGAAUUAAACGCCUAGCAAAACGUAACGCCAAGGUAAGACUACUAAACACAUAAUGAAUUUGACAAAUACUUCAAAUAAAGUAUGUGGGGGAAAAAAUUAUGUUGGAAAGACGAUUGGAACCAAUUCUGUUUGAAUGCUAGGUUGUAUAGAUAUUAUAACGAGUCCACUGUGGGGGACUAUAGGCGGAUCACCGACCUUGCACGCUGUGCUCGCACGGUUUCGAUGAGAUCGUGACGUUAACCGGUGAUAAGUUGAAACAAGGAAGAAGGGUGUAUGUAGCCUUCUGUAUGUAACUGAAUGUCAGACGAAUAAAAAAAUAGGGUGCUGCAAAUUAUUCAGAAACGUACUCUUAUAACGUUACAAUUCUUGAAUUGUCAUCGAAAUAUUUUAAGAAUGGAUUUAAACAGUAUCCUGUCAAAGCUCGAGACUAACAACGAAGAGGAAAUUAAAAGGCUUUUGCACCAGUACAACGUAGAGAAUAGUCGCACAUUCACCUUUGACCCAAAAGAGGAGGACCUACGAAGUAGGCUGUGUCAGGGUCUGCUGACUGUGCUGGGGAGGCAGGUUGGGUCUUGCUGCCAGAGCACCUGCCUGGAGACCCUUCGCAUCCUGUCCCGGGACAAGCGGGUCCUGGGCCCUGUGGGCACCCGGGAGGGCAUGCUGGUCCUGGCCGGGCUGGCUCGGCUGCAGGCGGGAGAGGAGGGAGGUGACAGUCUGCAAGAGGAUGCCCAGACAGAGGAGGAAGAGAGGGUGGUGGUGGAGGCCCUUAAGUGCCUGUGUAACGUGGUGUUUAACAGCGUGGCGGCACAGCAGGUGGGUGCCGACGUGCAGCUGGCACGUGGUCUGUGUGCCCGCCUGCACGCCGCCCGUGCCGGGUGUCACGAGGUGGGCCUGUUCUCCCUGCGCCUGCUCUUCCUGCUCUCGGCUCUGCGGCCAGACGUCCGGGGGGGGCUCCAGAGGGAGCUGCAUGCCGUGGGGCUCCUCACAGAGGUGCUGGAGCGUACCCUGGACCUACGCUGGGUGGGACCCUACGAGGUGGCCCAUCCAGGCCUCCAGGCCUUGCCUAUCCCUGCUGAAGACAACGGGGCCAUGGAGGCCCUGAAAGCCUUGUUCAACCUUACGCUGUCUGACACUAGCGAUGAGGGUGGUGACCACCAGCUCCGCCUUGUCACCGCCAUCAUGCGCCAUCUAUUGAUGCUUAAGACUCAGGCAGAGGACAAAACAGAGGAAGCACACAGCCAUGCCAUCAACCUGCUGAGUAACCUGCCAGUGUCAUGUCUGGAUGUGCUGAUUGACUUGCCAGUCCAGGGGGGCCAGGAGGAGUACAGCGGGAAGAACAUGGACGCUGUGCAGGUGCUACUGGACUUUAUGGAGAAGAGGAUAGACAAGGGUGCCAACUACAAAGAGGGGCUGACCCCAGUGCUCAGCCUGCUGACGGAGGGUUCCAGGUACCACAGGGAGAUCCGCAGAUACAUCAAGACACAGGUGCUGCCCCCGCUGAAGGAGGUCAAGGUCAGGCCGGAGAUAGGGUCCACCGUUAGGAACAAGCUGGUGCGCCUCAUGACCCACGUGGACAUGGGCGUGAAGCAGAGCGCUGCAGAGUUCCUCUUCGUCCUCUGCAAAGAGAGUGUGGACCACCUGUUGAAGUACACUGGGUAUGGUAAUGCAGCAGGACUCCUGGUGGCUCGAGGCCUGCUGGCAGGGGGGCGAGGAGAGACUCUGUACUCAGACGACGAAGACUCUGACACCGAAGAGUACAAAUCGGCUAAACCUUUCAUCAACCCCAUCACGGGUCACGUGGAGGAGCCCAUGCCUAACCCCAUCGAAGACAUGACUGAGGAGCAGAAAGAGUACGAGGCCCAGAAAUUGGUCAACAUGUUUGACAAGUUGUCAAGGCAGCAGCUGAUCAGACCAAUGGGGGUGAGGAGGGACGGCACACUGGCACCCCUAGAGGAGGCUCUUAGACAGCCCACGGCUGACAGCUCAGACUCCGACUAGAGCCACUACGACACAGAUCAGACCACCCUACACAGUGCCCUCAGAAAGUAUUCAUACCCUUUUACUUAUUCAACAUUUAGUUGUUACAGCCUGAAUUCAAAAUGGAUUGAAUAUCAUUUAUUUUUCAACCAGCUACACACAAAACCUCAUUAAUGACAAAGUGAAAUAAAGGUUCUUAACAUUUUUGCAAAUUUAUUGAAAAUACAGAAAUAUCUCAUUUACAUAAGUAUUCACACCCCGGAGUCAAUAGAUGUUAUAAUCACCUUUGGCAGCAAUUACAGCUGUCUCUAAGAGUUUUGCACACCUGGAUUGCGCAACAUUUUCCCAUUAUCCUUUUCAAAAUGGUUCAAGCUCAGUCAAAUUGGUUGUUGAUCAUUACUAAACCAUUUUCAAGUCAUGCCAUAGAUUUUCAAGCAGCUUUAAGUCAAAACUGUAACUCUGCUACUCAGGAACAUUCACUGUCUUCUUGGUAAGCAACUCCAGUGUAGAUUUGGCCUUGUGUUUUAGGUUAUUGUGGAAAGCAGACUGAACCAGGUUUUUCUCUAGGAUUUUGCCUGUGCUUAGUGCCAUUCUGUUUCUUUUUAUCAUGAACAACUCCCCAGUCCUUAACGAUUACAAACAUACCCAUAACAUGAUGCAGCCACCACUCUGCUUGAAAAUAUGGAGUGUUACUCAGUAAUGUGUUGUAUUGGAUUUGCCCCAGAUAAACAGUUAAUUGCUUUGCCACAUUUUUUUGCAGUUAUACUUUAGUGCCUUGUUAAGCACAUUUGACUUCUGAACUGGUUAAUGCUUGCCAUAACAUAGGGGUUGAAUACUUAUUGACUCAAGACAUUUCAGCUUUUCAUAUUUAUUUAAUUUCUAAGAAUUCAGGAAAACAUAAUUCCACUUUGACAUUAUGGAGUAUUGUAUGUAUGCCAUUGACCAAAAAAAUCUAAAUGUAAUCCAUUUUAAAUUCAGACUCUAACAAAGAAAAAGUGGUGUGAAUACUUUCUGAAGGCACUGUACCUACAGUAGGUUGUGUCCAGCACAGAGGUUCCCUCCCUCCCCUCACUUGCUGUCUGUCUUCCUCUGUCUGUCAGAGACUGAAGGGGUCUCACCCUUUCUCCAUAGGCUGUUCUGUUCUCUAAAGCUGACUUGAGCCUGACUUGAUACAACAAAAAAGCUGAUUUUUAAGCCUGACUUGAUACGACACAGGAAAAGAUAGGAUUACGGUUGAGCACAUCCUCCCGACCACAGCAUUGUUACUACUUUAAUGUUUAGUUUGAAUUUUUUUAAUGAACCAUUUCUCCGCUCAUGCCUCUCAAAUUUGAUAGAAUGAAAGAUAGUUCUUAAUCAAAUUGCUGUAUAGAUGUGUAUCACUAAAAGCAUGGUUGACAGGGUGGGGUUUGGCCAAAUUGUAAUUGAAUUUGGAUAGGAAAUCAUUCCUUAGAUAUAUAAAUAUGUUGAUUUUUUUUCUUUAUAUGUUGAACGUGUGACUAUUUAUUAGGAUGGGUGCUCACAGAAUAAGUCGUAAAAGAACGCGUGCGUGUGUGUGUAUAUACAAUACCAGUCAAAAGUUUGGACACACCUACUCAUUCAAUGGUUUUACUUUUAUUUUUACUAUUUUCUAGAUUGUUUAAUAAUAGUGAAGACAUAACUAUGAAAUAACACAUAUGGAAUCAUGUAGUAACCAAAAGUUAUCUCAAAUAUAUUUGAGAUUCUUCAAAAUAGCCAUCCUUUGCUUUGACUAAGGCUUUGCAAACUCUUGGAAUUCUCUCAACCAGAUUCACCUGGAAUGCUUUUCCAACAUUCUUGAAGGAGUUCCCACAUAUGCUGAGCACUUGUUGGCUGCUUUUCCUUCACUCUGCAGUCCAACUCAUCCCAAACCAUUUCAGUUGGGUUGAGGUCGGGUGAUUACGACAUGAUUCCAUAUGUGUUAUUUCAUAGUUUUGAGGUCUUCACUAUUGUUCUACAAUGUAGAAAAUAGUAAAAACCCUUGAACGAGUAAGUGUGUCCAAACUUUUGACUGGUAGUGUCUUUUUGUGUGUAUGUGUAUACAUACACUACAGUUCAAAAGUUUGGGGUCACUUAGAAAUGUCCUUGUUUUUGAAGGAAAAGCACAUUCUUGUCCAUUAAAAUAACAUCAAAUUGAUCAGAAAUACAGUGUAGACAUUGUUAAUGUUGUAAAUGACUGUUGUAGCUGGAAACAGCUGAGUUUUAAUGGAAUAUCUACAUAGGCGUACAGAGGCCCAUUAUCAGCAACCAUCACUCCUGUGUUCCAAUGGCACGUUGUGUUAGCUUUAUCACGUUGAGUCUGGUGUUUUGCGGGUACUAUUUAAUGAAGCUGCCAGUUGAGGACUUGUGAGGCGUCUGUUUCUCAAACUAGACAUUCUAAUGUACUUCUUCUCUUGCUCAGUUGUGCACUGUGCCCUUCCACUACUCUUUCUAUUCUAGUUAGAGCCAGUUAGCGCUGUUCUAUGAAGGGAGUAGUACAUAGCGUUUUAUGAGAUCUUCAGUUUCUUGGCAAUUUCUCUCAUGGAAUAGCCAUCAUUUCUCAGAACAAGAAUAGACUGACGAGUUUCAGAAGAAGGUCUUUGUUUCUGGAAAUGUUGAUCCUGUAAUCGGACCCAUAAAUGCUGAUGCUCCAGAUACUCAACUAGUCUAAAGUUUUUUUGCUUCUUUAAUCCGGACAACAGUUUUCAGCUGUGCUAACAUAAUUGCAAAAGGCUUUUAAAAUUAUAAACUUGGAUUAGCUAACACAAUGUACCAUUGGAAUACAGGAGUAAUGAUUGCUGACAAUGGGCCUCUAUAUGCCUUCCAUAAAAAAUCUGCCGUUUCCAGCUACAAUAGUCACUUACAACAUUAACAAUGUCUACAGUAUAUUUCUUAUCAAUUUGAUGUUAUAAUAAAUGCUUUUCUUUAAAAAACAAGGACAUUUCGAAGUGACCCCAAACUUUUGAACGGUUGUGUGUGUAUAUAUACAGUGGGGCAAAAAAGUAUUUAGUCAGCCACCAAUUGUGCAAGUUCUCCCACUUAAAAAGAUGAGAGAGGCCUGUAAUUUUCAUCAUAGGUACACUUCAACUAUGACAGACAAAAAGAGAAAAAAAAUCCAGAAAAUCACAUUGUAGGAUUUUUUAUGAAUUUAUUUGCAAAUUAUGGUGGAAAAUGAGUAUUUGGUCAAUAACAAAAGUUUAUCUCAAUACUUUGUUAUAUACCCUUUGUUGGCAAUGACAGAGGUCAAACGUUUUCUGUAAGUCUUCACAAGGUUUUCACACACUGUUGCUGGUAUUUUGGCCCAUUCCUCCAUGCAGAUCUCCUCUAGAGCAGUGACGUUUUGGGGCUGUUGCUGGGCAACACGGACUUUCAACUCCCUCCAAAGAUUUUCUAUGGGGUUGAGAUCUGGAGACUGGCUAGGCCACUCAAGGACCUUGAAAUGCUUCUUACGAAGCCACUCCUUCGUUGCCCGGGCGGUGUGUUUGGAAUAAUUUUCAUGCUGCAAGACCCAGCCACGUUUCAUCUUCAAUGCCCUUGCUGAUGGAAGGAGGUUUUCACUCAAAAUCUCACGAUACAUGCCCCAUUCAUUCUUUCCUUUACACAGAUCAGUCAUCCUGGACCCUUUGCAGAAAAGCAGCCCCAAAGCAUGAUGUUUCCACCCCCAUGCUUCACAGUAGGUAUGGUGUUCUUUGGAUGCAACUCAGCAUUCUUUGUCCUCCAAACACGACGAGUUGAGUUUUUACCAAAAAGUUAUAUUUUGGUUUCAUCUGACCAUAUGACAUUCUCCCAAUCUUCUUCUGGAUCAUCCAAAUGCUCUCUAGCAAACUUCAGACGGGCCUGGACAUGUACUGGCUUAAGCAGGGGGACACGUCUGGCACUGCAGGAUUUGAGUCCCUGGCGGCGUAGUGUGUUACUGAUGGUAGGCUUUGUUACUUUGGUCCCAGCUCUCUGCAGGUCAUUCACUAGGUCCCCCCGUGUGGUUCUGGGAUUUUUGCUCACCGUUCUUGUGAUCAUUUUGACCCCACGGGGAGAUCUUGCGUGGAGCCCCAGAUCGAGGGAGAUAAAUGUUCCCACAGUUGAUUUCUUCAAAAAAAACAAGCUGCUUACCUAUUGCAGAUUCAGUCUUCCCAGCCUGGUGCAGGUCUACAAUUUUGUUUCUGGUGUCCUUUGACAGCUCUUUGGUCUUGGCCAUAGUGGAGUUUGGAGUGUGGCUGUUUGAGGUUGUGGACAGGUGUCUUUUAUACUGAUAACAAGUUCAAACAGGUGCCAUUAAUACAGGUAACGAGUGGAGGACAGAGGAGCCUCUUAAAUAAUAAGUUACAGGACUGUGAGAGCCAGAAAUCUUGCUUGUUUGUAGGUGAGCAAAUACUUAUUUUCCACCUUAACUUGCAAAUAAAUUCAUAAAAAAAUCCUACAAUGUGAAUUUCUGGAAUUUCUUUUCUAAUUUUGUCUGCCAUAGUGUACCUAUGAUGAAAAUUACAGGCCUCAUCUUUUUAAGUGGGAGAACUUGCACAAUUGGUGGCUGACUAAAUACUUUUUUGCCCCACUGUAUAUGCAUACAUGCAUACGUGUGUGGUGUGUGUGUGUGUGUGUAUAUAUAUAUAUCUGCAAAAAAAGAAAUGUCCUCACUGUCAACUGCGUUUAUUUUCAGCAAACUUAACAUGUGUAAAUAUUUGUAUGAACGUAAGAUUCAACAACUGAGACAAACUGAACAACUUCCACAGACAUGUGACUAACAAAAAUUGAAUAAUGUGUCCCUGAACAAAGGGGGGGUCAAAAUCAAAAGUAACAGUCAGUAUCUGGUGUGGCCACCAGCUGCAUUAAGUACUGCACUGCAUCUUCUCCUCAUUGACUGCACCAUAUUUGCCCGUUCUUGCUCUGAGAUGUUAACCCACUCUUCCACCAAGGCACCUGCAAGUUCCAGGACAUUUCUGGAGGGAAUGGCCCUAGCCCUCACCCUCUGAUCCAACAGGUCCUAGGUGUGCUCAAUGGGAUUGAGAUCCGGGCUCUUUGCUGGCCAUGGCAGAACACUGAAAUUCUUGUCUUGCGGGAAAUCACGCACAGAACGAGCAGUAUGGCUGGUGGCAUUGUCAUGCUGGAGGGUAUUGUCAGGAUGAGCCUGCAGGAAGGGUACCACACGAGGGAGGAGGAUGUCUUCCCUGUAAUGCACAGCUUUGAGAUUGCCUAAAUGACAAGAAGCUCAGUCCGAUGAUGCUGUGACACACCGCUCCAGAGUACAGGCCUCUGUGUUAACACUCAUUCCUUCGACGGUAAACGCGAUUCCGACCAUCACCCCUGGUGAGACAAAACCGUGACACGUCAGUGAAGAGCACUUUCUUUCCAGUCCUGUCUGGUCCAGCGAUGUUGGGUUUGUGCCCAUAGGCGACGUUGUUGCCGGUGAUGUCUGGUGAGGACCUGCCUUACAACAGGCCUACAAGCCCUCAGUCCAGCCUCUCUCAGCCUAUUGCGGACAGUCUGAGCACUGAUGGAGGGAUUGUGUUCCUGGUGUAACUCGGGCAGUUGCUGUUGCCAUCCUGUACUUGUCCCGCAGGUGUGAUGGUCGGAUGUACCGAUCCUCUGCAGGUGUUGUUACACGUGGUCUGCCACUGUGAGGACGAUCAGCUGUCCGUCCUGUCUCCCAGUAGCUCUGUCUUAGGCAUCUCACAGUACGGACAUUGCAAUUUAUUGCCCUGGCCACAUCUGCAGUCCUCAUGCCUCCUUGCAUCAUGCCUAAGGCACGUUCACGCAGAUGAUCAGGGACCCUGGGCAUCUUUCUUUUGGUGUUUUUCAGAGUCAGUAGAAAGGCCUCUAGUGUCCUAAGUUUUCAUAUCUUAAAAAGACAGGGUCCUGAAAAGGGGACGUUUCUUUUUUUGCUGAGUUCAUCUAUACACACGUGCGUGCGUAUGUAUGUGUGUGUAUAUAUAUAUAUAUAUAUAUGUGUGUAUAUAUAGUAUAUAUAUAUAUAUAUAUACACAUAUGGAAAAUAUUCAGACCUCUUGACUUUUUUCACAUUUUGUUACAUUACAGCCUUAUUCUAGAAUUCUUUAAAUUUUUUAUUCCCUCUUCAAUCUACACACAAUACCCCAUAAUGACAAAGCAAAAACAGGUUUUUAGAAAUGUUUGCAAAUGUAUAAAGAAAACGGAAAUAUCACAUUUACUAUUUACACAUUUAGUAUUCAGGCCCUUCACUCAGCACCUUUGGCAGCGAUUACAACGUUGAGUCUUCUUGGGUAUGACGCUACAAGCUUGGUACACCUGUAUUUGGGGAGUUUCUGCCAUUGUUCUCUGCAGAUCCUCUCAAGCUCUGUCAGGUUGGAUGUGGAGUGUUGCUACAUAGCUAUUUUCGGGUUCAAGUCCGGGCUCUGGCUGGGCCACUCAAGGACAUUCAGAAACUUGUUCCAAAGCCACUCGUGCAUUGUCUUGGCUGUGUGCUUAGGGUCGUUGUCCUCUUGGAAGGUGAACCUUUGCUCCAGUCUGAAGUUCUGAGCACUCUGGAGCAGGUUUUCAUCAAGGAUCUCUCUGUACUUUGCUCCAGUCAUUUUUGCCUUGAUCCUGACUAGUCUCCGAGUCCCUUCCGCUGAAAAACAUCCCCACAGCAUGAUGCUGCCACCACCAUGCUUCACCGUAGGGAUGGUGCCAGGUUUCCUCCAGAUGUGACACUUGUUGGUAUUCAAGCCAAAGAGUUUUAUCUUGGUUUCAUCAGACCAGAGAAUCUUGUUUCUCAUGGUCUGAGGUGCCUUUUGGCAAACUCCAAGUGGGCUGUCAUGCCAUUUACUGAAAAGCGGCUUCCAUCUGGCCACUCUACCAUAAAGGCCAGAUUGGUGGAGGGCUGCAACGAUGGUUGUCCUUCCGGAAGGUUCCACAGAGGAACUAUGGAGCUCUGUCAGAGUGACCAUCAGGUUCUUGGUCACCUCACUGACCAAGGCCCUUCUCCCCCGAUUGCUCAGUUUUGCCGGGAGGCCAGCUCUAGGAAGGGUCUUGGUGGUUUCAAACUUCUUACAUUUAGGAAUGAUGGAGACCACUGUGUCCUUGGCUCUUCAAUGCUGCAGACAUUUUUCGGUACCCUUCCCCAGAUCUGUGCCUCAACACAAUCCUGUCUCGGAGCUCUACGGACAAUUCUUUCGACCUCAUCUGUUGUUUUUUUCUCUGACAUGCACUGUCAACUGUGGGACCUUAUAUAGAUCGGUGUGUGUCCAUCAUGUCUAAUCAGUUAAAUUUACAACAGGUGGACUCCCAAGUCAUGGAAACAGAAUGCACCUGAGCUCAAUUUCGAGUCUCAUAGCAAAGGGUUUGAAAACUUAUGUAAAUAAGAUAUCUGUAUUUAAUUUUUUUUAAAUGUGCCAAAAUGUCUUAAAACAUGUUUUCACUUUGUCAUUAAGGGGUAUUUUGCGUAGAUAGGUGACAAUUGUAAAAGUUGUAUCCAUUUUGAAUUCCACAACAAAAUGUGGAAUAAGUCCAGGGGUAGGAAUACUUUCUGUAUACAGUGCAUUUGGAACGAGUUCAGCCUCUUCACUUUUUCCACAUUUUGUUACAUUACAGCCUUAUUCUAAAAUUGAUUACAUAUUUUUUAAAUCCUCAAUCUACACACAAUACCCCGUAAUGAAAAGGGGAAAACAUGUUUUUAGAAUAUUUUUGCAAAUUUAAAGAUUUAAAAAACAGAAAUACCUUAUUUACAUAAGUAUUCACACCCCUGAGUCAAUACAUGUUACAAUCACUUUUGGCAGCAAUUACAUCUGUGAGUCUUUCAGUGUAAGUCUAAGAGCUUUGCACACCUGGAUUGUGUGCAAAUCACACAAAUCACACAAAUUUGCACAUUAUUCUUCGAGCUCUGUCAAGUUGGUUGUUGAUAAUUGCUAGACAUACAUUUCCAACCCGACUUAUGUCAAACUAACUAGGCCACUCAGGAACAUUCAAUGUCGUCUUGGUAAGCAACUCCAGUGUAUAUUUGGCCUUUGUGAUUUAGGUUAUUGUCCCGCUGAAAGGUGAAUUCAUCUCUGUCUUUUGGAAAGCAGACGUAACCAGGUUUUACAUUAGGAUUUUGCCUGUGCUUAGCUCCAUUCCAUCAUAUUUUUUUAAUCCUCUUAAACAUCCCAGUCCUUAACGAUUACAACCAUACCCAUAACAUGAUGUAGCAGGAUUUGCCCCAAACAACACUUUAUAUUCAGGACAAAAAGUGAAUUGCUUAGCCACAUGUUUUGAAGUAUUACUUUCGUGCCUUGUUGCACACAGGAUGCAUGUUUUGAAGUAUUACUUUCGUGCCUUGUUGCAAACAGGAUGCAUGUUUUGGAAUAUUACUUUCGUGCCUUGUUGCAAACAGGAUGCAUGUUUUGGAAUAUUACUUUCGUGCCUUGUUGCAAACAGGAUGCAUGUUUUGGAAUAUUACUUUCGUGCCUUGUUGCAAACAGGAUGCAUGUUUUGGAAUAUUACUUUCGUGCCUUGUUGCAAACAGGAUGCAUGUUUUGGAAUAUUACUUUCGUGCCUUGUUGCAAACAGGAUGCAUGUUUUGGAAUAUUACUUUCGUGCCUUGUUGCAAACAGGAUGCAUGUUUUGGAAUAUUACUUUCGUGCCUUGUUGCAAACAGGAUGCAUGUUUUGGAAUAUUUUUUUAUCCUCUUCAGGCUUCCUUUUCACUCUGUCAAUUAGGUCACUACAAUGUUGUUGAUCCGUCCUCAGUUUUCUUCUAUCACAGCCAUUAAACUGUAACUGUUUUAAAGUCACCAUUUACCUCAUGGUGAAAUCCCUGAGUGGUUUCCUUCCUCUCUAGCGACAGAGUUAGGAAGAACGCCUGUAUCUUUGCAGUGACUGGGUGUAUUGAUACACCAUCCAAAGUGUAUUUAAUAACUUCACCAUGCACAAAGGGAUAUUCCAUAUCUGCUUUUCUUUUUUGUUACCCAUCUACCAAUAUGUGCCCUUCAUUGCGAGCCACUGGAAACCUCCCUGGUCUUUGUGGUUGAAUAUGUGUUUGAAAUUCACUGCUCGACUGGGGGCCUCACAGAUAAUUGUAUGUGUGGGGUACAGGGAUGAGGUAGUCAUUCAACAAUCAUAUUAAACACUAUUAUUGCACACAGAAUGCGUCCAUUCAUAUUAUGUGACUUGUUAAGCACAUUUUUACUCCUGAACUUACUUAGGCUUGCCAUAACAUAGGGGUUGAAUACUUAUUGACUCAAGACGUUUCAGCUUUAUUUUUUAAUUACAUUUCUAAAAUAUUCUAAAAACAUAAUUCCACUGACAAUAUGGGGUAUUGUGUGUGGUAGGCCAGUGACACAAAAUCUCAAUGUAAUCCAUUUUAAAUUCAGGCUGUAACACAGCAAAAUGUGUGAAAAGGUCAAGGGGUAUGAAUACUUUCUGAAGGCACUGUAUAUUCCUCUGGUGGGCGAUAAGUAUUUGGAUGGUUUCUGCCUUACCCAUUGGGGAAUCUUGACAUUCAGAAAUGUUUAUUAAAAAGCCUUUUCUAAAUGUAACUUUCAUUAGCCGAUUCCGCAUGGCAUUAAAACGAUAGAAAAAAUAUAUAUUUUGGAGACGCAAUGUAUUUUAUAUAUGUGUAAUCUACUGAUGUAUAGAUACUGAGUUACAUUGCUGCAUAUUGAAUAGAUGCAUAGGUCUUCUGUAUAGGUCGUGGAGUUUAUAAUAUUGUUGACCAUCACUCCAUUUGAAGAAAAUGGCAUGGUUGAGGUUUGGUUCUUUGGUUAGUACACAGCAGCACUGUCUCUAGUGUGUCCCAUAGAAUAUUAUUUCUGGCAAUCGUGGCAUGUGUGAAGGAGAGUAUUCCUUUAGCUCUGUAUAUACAGUACCUGGUGCUAACAUGUAUCUUGUGUUCUGAUUUAACCUUGAACAGAUAGUGAUUGAUCACCUUGAUUAGAUCACGACAACCACAUGUUAUGCAGUUGGGCACCAGAUUGCUGUAUCAUAAGAUAUGUGGUUUGCUGAUAUAUUAAACACGUAUCCACGUGUUGUGAUAUCUGGAAGGUGUUUGCAAUGUAGUCAGGCAGGAACACCACCAAAGACAUCCGCAGAGCGGUUGUUUUGGCGGUGUCGGGGGUGACACUGUAAUAGAGCUGUCAAAUCCACAAGCGGCUGUUGGCAUUACCUAAAGUGGGGGAAUUGCCAUUGGCUGUUGAGAGUAUAAUUAAGAUAAAUCUCAUGCAGCCUUGUUUACAAGUUCAAACACUGGAAUGUGAGAUGUAAUCUACAGCUUGAUUAGGCUGAUAGAAAUCCUAACUUUGUUGAAUGAUUUUCAAUUUGAACCUCAUUAUUUCUAUGUAGCCUACACUUUCUUGUUCUGAACUUCUAACGCUGGAGUGGGAUGGGAGUGGCUUCCUGACAAUGAUCAAGAGCAGCUGCUCGACGAUUUGACAGCUCCAAUGCAGUUACACCUUGGACACCUCCAAAACAUCAGCUAUGCAAGUGUCAGCUAUCACCGGUUAAUUAACUCUUGAUGUGACUGAAUCUAGGCCUAGUAGUUUUCCUUGGUAAAUGACCACUACCUGCUCAUGCCCUAGCUAGAACAACAGAAGUAACUUGUAAAAUAAUACAUUUUGAACUACAUACUCUUGUCAGUCGCCUCCACAAAAAAAAAAAACUUGAGCGCUUUGAGUUCCAGUUUGGAAGGAAGAAUGUAUAUUCAAGGGGUGUAUUCUUUUCAUGUGAGUGUUCUUUUUGUACAUUUGUUCUGACAGAAAAUGUAACCACACUGUAAACAAAGGAUUUUAUAGGAUUUUAUAUGUAUACUGAACAACAAUAUAAACGCAACCAUUUCAAAUA